CAUGCGGGGUGAUGGCCCGGUGUGUCGCCUCCGCCGCCGCCGCCUCAGCAACAGGAACCCAGUCGCCGCUGGGUCGCCGGCCACCCGCGCGCUGGCUCGGCCGGGACCGCAGCCAUGGAGGAUUUCAUCGUGAUCUCGGACGACAGCGGCUCCGAGAGCUCCGAGGGGACCCGCUCGGGCCGGGCGCGGCGGCUCCGCCGGCCCCUGUCCAGGACCCCCGGCGCGCUGGCCCGGCGGACUGUGGACGUCAUUGACUUAACGAGAGAAACCAGACCAAGGGCAAAAGAUCGCAAUGGACUCUGUAUAAUUGACCUGACAGGGACUGAGGAAGAAAAUAGACCUAUUGCCACUCUUGAUUUGACUCAAGAAGCUGUGGCUCCCUCCCAGAAGGUGCCAGCCAGUCUUCAAACAUGUGCCAGCCUCUCCAGCAAAGAGGUGAUGGAAGGACGGGUGGACAGAAGCUCCUGGCCCACAGCAAGGAGAGUCAUUAACAGUGAUCCUGUGGAUGUGGACCUUUUGGAAGAAACCAUAUUUGAAGGUCCCCAACCCCCUACAUCCGUCAGUGGGGACUCUGUUUAUCCAGCAGAGCCAAACUGUAGCUCAACCACAUUCAAAGGUGGCCUCGGCUUUUUGGCCAGCCUAAACAGAACAUCUUCAGAUGUUCACUCCCUUUCCCCAACAAGCAAUAAUGAGAACAGCAGCAAUCGGAGGGCACCCUUGCCAUGCCCACAGCAAGAUGUGCCUUGCCCACCACAAGCCUUGCCAUGCCCACCGCGAGCCUCCUCAUGCCCGCCACGAGCCUUGUCAUGCUCAUCACAAACUGUGCAGUGCCCACUACAAGCUUUGCCUCACCUGCCUCAAAAAGUGCCAUGCCCUUCUCAAGAUGCGUCAUGCCCUCAGAAAAAUAUCCCAAGCCCAUCUCAAGACUCAUCAUGGCAUCCUCAACACUCGCCAAGGCCACCUCAAGACUCACUCUGCCCACCUCUGGGCCUACCUCAAGAUGUACCAGGCCCAUCUCAAAACAUGUCAUAUCCACAAGGUGUGGCACACUUUCAGAACAUAGCACAGUCACAGGGAGACAUGUCACUGUCAGCUGCAGACGUGUCACAGUCUCCAGGAAACGUGUCACCGUCUCCAGGAAACGUGUCACAGUCAUCAGGAGACGUGUCACGGUUACCAGGAGACAUACCUCAGUCAACAAAAGAUAUGCCUCAGUCAUCAGGAGAUGUGCCACAGCCACCUAGAGAUGUGCCACAGCCACCAAGGGAUGUGCCAUGGUCACCAAGAGAUGUGCCACGGUCACCAAGAGAUGUGCCACAGUCCCCUAGAGAAGUCCCACACUUACCAAGAGAAGUGCUUCGUUCACCUGGAGACAGGCCUCACAUGCCAGGAGACUCGACACACUCACUUGGAGACUUGCUUCACUUACCACGAGACAGGUCUGACUGUUCCCGAAAUGAUAUGGAGAACCCUGACCCCGCUAUGGAUGUCUCAGCUCCACCCUCUCUGAGCUGCACACCCAGGACACUGUCUCCACAGUCUGAAACUUCCUCAGAGAAAGUUCCUUGGCUCUUUGCCACAAAAACCCCAGCCAGAAAAGAGACAUCCCUGUCAGAGCCUGCCAUCCCCGGGUCUGGCCAGGUGCAAGCCCGAACCCCACAAGGUACCCACAGUUUGUACAACAAACCAUGCCUGCACCGACUGAAGUACUUCUUACGGCCUCCCGUUCAUCACCUCUUCUUCCAGACGCUAGUACCCGAUAGAGACACCAGAGAGAGCAAGGGUCAAAAAUUAGAACCCAUCCCUCAUCGAAGACUAAGAAUGGUAGCAAAUACCAUUGAAGAAAAUUUUCCCCUGGGGACUGUGCAGUUUUUGAUGGACUUUGUGUCACCCGAGCAUUACCCACCCAGAGAAAUUGUGUCUCACAUCAUCCAGAAAAUCCUGCUCAGUGACUCUGAGGCUGUGGAUAUCCUAAAGGAGGCCUACAUGCUUCUCAUGAAAAUUCAACAGCUACAUCCAGCUAAUGCCAAGACAGUGGAAUGGGACUGGAAGCUGCUCACUUAUGUCAUGGAGGAAAAGGGACAGCAUCUGCCUGGACGACUCCUGUUUCUGCGCUACGUAGUCCAGACCCUGGAAGAUGACUUCCAGCAGAUACUGAGGAAGCAGCGACAGCACCUGCAGCAAUCCAUUGCAAGCACCAUGCUGUCCUGUGACAGGCAGCCCCACAAUGUCAGGGAUGUGAUCAAGUGGUUGGUCAAAGUGGUAACUGAAGACGGAUUACCUCAGCCCCCCAAUGGGAAUCAGACCUCUUCACGAACAGGAACCUUGAAGGCUAGCAGUAGCUACCCUUGUCCCCAGCCAAACCUGACAAAGAACACCACUCAGCUGGUUGUCUGCCAGCUGCAGAGGAUGCUGUCCAUCGCUGUGGAGGUAGACAGGACCCCCACCUGCAGCUCCAAUAAGAUCGCUGAGAUGAUGUUUGGCUUCGUGCUGGACAUUCCCGAGAGGAGUCAGAGAGAGAUGUUCUUUACCACCAUGGAGAGCCACCUCCUGCGCUGCAAGGUGCUGGAGAUCAUAUUCCUCCACAGCUGCGAGACGCCCACCCGCCUGCCCCUGUCUCUGGCCCAGACCCUCUAUUUUCUGAACAAUUCCACGUCACUGCUCAAGUGUCAGUCAGAUAAAACCCAGUGGCAGACAUGGGACGAGCUGGUUGAGCACCUACAGUUUCUGUUAUCCAGUUAUCAGCAUGUUUUAAGAGCGUUAGGUUGUGUAGAUAAGCGAGAGUCGUCAUAACAGGAAGCGGUCAAUGAUGACCUGAUGAGCCCUGCCUGGCACCUUCCCCUGGCCCAUCGCUGCAACAUCUUUGGUGGGGUGACUGCUGCUGACUGGACACUGCACACACCUGUCGGUAUGAUGCAAACACACAGCAAAUCAGUGGCAAGGUGGAAAUGGACAUCCUACAAAAUUUAAACAGAUUAGAUAAUAAAAUUGUAUUACUAUUAAAUUUCCUAUUUUUGAUAAUUAUCCUGGCUUAUGAAAGUAAAUGUUCUUGACCUUGGGAAAUCCACACUGAAGUACUGAGGGUUAGAGGGGCGCAGUGUCUGCAACUUAUUCCCAAACAGGAAGGGGGAAAGUGUGUAAAUAAAAUUUACCUGCCGUGAUCACAUUGCAGUUGAUUUUAGCUCAGUAAUGGCACUUGGGGAGGUCACAUAGCCCUUACACCCUCUCGGGCCUACAACUGAGGAAGCUGUUGUAGGGACAUUAAAAAAAAAAAAGCACUCGAUUUAAGACAGAAUGUCGCAGCUUAAAUCCCCACCUCAGCACUUAACUCUGCGUUGGGCAGCUAACUCUGCCUCUAGGCCUCGGUUUCUUCCUUCUGUCAAAUGGGGAUGGUGUUAUCUAACCUGUCAGGGCUGGCUGCAAAUGGGUGUGAGGAAAAAGCAGUCAGCACUCAUUCAGGAGCGGGCUGUGAGGCCUUCCCUGUUUCAGGCUCUUGUAACUAAAACUUAACAGGGUGCAUGGUCAAGGCCACAAUUCUGUGGUUGUACAGCUUGUGCAUUUUUUAGCAUGAAUGGCUUCCUAGGACAAAGCCCCAAAGGCAAAUUCCAUGUGUCUUUAGCCUCACUGAGGCUUAUGUAAUUGUUUCUUCUGGAACCGUAGCACAAAGUUGAAUAUUAAAGCAGCUGGUUUUUUAUUUAAAGUUCACCUUUAACACUUCUUGUUCAUUUCUGUUUUGCUUCCCAGGGACUAUGCCUGGGUUAUGGGCAAUAGUGAGUUAACAUGGACAUGGGAUCCGGUUUUAUUCUUAUGCUUCAAAUAUUCUUAUGCUUAAGAAUAAGGGUGAGGAGGGCCGGCAGA